AUGCAUCUAUUCGAUAAAUUGCGUGCAAGUGUCCGACGGAAACCGACGAAUAAAGUAGAGUUGACAGUAUCAGAACAGAUUGAAACUUUGUUGAAAGAAACAACCAGCAGCGAUCGUCGCCUUCAGCUACUUCGUUUAGUAUACGAAUAUCGAUCGCGACAGUUCGAUAUAUUGAAUGUUCGAUCGAACGAUCCAAAACGCGAAGAAUUCGAACAAUCGAUGUUGAAAAGUCUUCGUGCUAUAACCGCGAAUCUUCCAUCAAAAUCACAAUGGAUUUUUCAACGUUCAUCACAAUUGUACAGAUCAAUGCCAUCAGCGACCUCUAUACAAAUAAUCAAGAGAAAGACAAAAUCUACCUAA